AUGCCAGCUAAGGUCGUCCUAGUGCUUGCUCUCACAGGCGGUUUACUCGCUUUUAUUGCAAUUAUAGCACUUGUUGUUUCAUCAUUAGGAAGAUUAAAUACUGAUCAAAUUGCCUUACCAUACAAUACCAUAUCGAAAAAAUUAAGUCGAGAAGUUCAAGCUUCUGGUUUGCACCUCAAUGCUCCGGGUUUUAAAUUUCUCAUAUUCCCUAGUGUGUUUACUUCGAUGGAAUUUGAUGAUAUCUCAUGUUUGAAUCGCGACGGUGUUUCGAUUAAUCUCGAUUGCACACUUCAAUUUCAAGCUGAUCCAAAAUACCUUUAUGAUAUUGUCUUACAAUUUAAAGAUUUUGAUGGUUAUAAAAGAAUAUUAUAUGGAACAGGUUAG